GGCUGCACUUAUCUGAAACAAUUCAGUCAGCGAAGAACGAUCACAGUGCCACAACCAGUUUUUUUUUAAAUAAUAGUUCGGUCAGUGAAACAGGAUGCGAAUCGGGGCCGUUAUUCCAAAUUUCAAGGCUGAUACCACCCAGGGUCCGAUCAGCUUCUAUGAGUGGCUCGGAGAUUCAUGGUGUGUCUUGUUCUCGCAUCCGGCGGAUUUCACCCCCGUUUGUACGACUGAACUGGGUCGGAUUGCCGUCCAUCGGGAGCACUUUGCCAAGAGAAAUGUGAAGAUUUUGGCUCACUCGGUUGACAACCUGAAAUGCCAUGUGGAUUGGGUUAAUGAUAUCAAAUCUUACUGCCCGGAUAUCAUCGGAAAUUUUCCGUACCCGAUAGUGGCAGACCCAAAUCGCGAAUUGGCCGUCCGUUUUGGAAUGUUGGAUGAGAAGGAUAAGGACGAUUCGGAGCUAGCACAAACCGUUCGAGCGUUGUUUAUUAUCAGUCCUGAUCAUCGCGUUCGUUUGACGAUGCACUACCCUACUUCCACUGGCAGAAACGUUGAUGAAAUUCUUCGAGUAAUCGAUUCACUGCAACUAACCGAUCGUUUGAAGGUGAUCGCAACACCUGCCAACUGGACGCCCGGAACCAAGGUGAUGAUUCUGCCGAGCGUUUCCGAAACCGACGCGGAUAAACUGUUCCCCAACGGAAUCGAACGUGUCUCAAUGCCAUCUGGUCAAGUGUACGUUCGUACGACCACCGAUUAUAAGUGAGAGAUUCAUCCACGUGGAUUCGACUGAAAAUCGCGAAAGGAAUUUUAUUUCUGCUAUAAUACAGUUGUCACAUAUUUUUGGUUAA